GCUUAACCUAAUUCUUCUAACUUAAGGCCUCAAACUCUCCUACUUUGUCUAUUGUAAUGGCAUCUUUUAAAGCUUUCAUGCCUUUCUUAUUUGUUGUGUGUUUGAUGGUUGGGUCUGUGAGCGCACAACUGAGCUCCACAUUCUACGCUACCACAUGUCCCAAUGUAUCAAGCAUUGUGCGUGGUGUUGUGGAGCAAGCACUGCGAAGUGACGACAGGGCUGGUGCCAAACUCAUCCGUCUCCACUUCCACGACUGCUUCGUCGAUGGAUGUGAUGGGUCGGUGCUAUUAGAGGAUCAAGAUGGCAUAGUGAGCGAGCUGGGUGCAAACGGAAACGCUGGCAUCACAGGUUUCAAUAUUGUUAAUGACAUCAAAGCUGCAAUCGAGAAUGUUUGUCCCGGGGUCGUCUCUUGUGCUGAUAUACUAGCCCUUGCUUCUCGACACUCCGUCAACUUGGCAGGAGGCCCGGGUUGGGAGGUUCAAUUAGGAAGAAGAGAUGGAAGAACAGCAAAUUUGGAUGGUGCCAUGGAGCUUCCAAGUCCUUUUGACGAUCUCUCAGUCCUGAGAAGAAAGUUCAGGGACGUUCAACUUGACGAUACUACCGAUCUCGUUGCUCUAUCAGGUGCACACACAUUUGGGCGUUCGAGAUGCCGAUUUUUCGACAGACGGCUAAACACUUCAAACCCGGACCCGACCCUGAACUCGACGUAUGCGGACGAGCUGCGCCAAAACUGUCAACCAGGGCGAGACACAUUCGUGAAUCUGGACCCAACAACACCGGACACCUUCGACAGCAACUACUUCACAAAUCUUCAGAGCAAUCGCGGGCUUCUGGAAAGUGACCAAGUUCUGUUCUCCACCAGCGGAGCUCCAACUAUCAGUAUUGUCAACAGCUUCGCCAGCAGCCAGAGCCAAUUCUUCACCGCCUUCGCUCAGUCAAUGAUUAACAUGGGAAAUCUCGGGCCUUUGACUGGGAGCACAGGAGAAAUCAGGACCAAUUGCAGAAGACUCAACUAAA